AGGUGUGAGAGAAAAGAUAGGUCACUCUCUUCCAGCUCUCGCCUCCUCUUCAAUUAAACUGUCUUUCUGCACUUUCGUAGAAGAAAUCAGUGUUGAAGAGUUAUGGAUGAUAUCUAUAAGGCAGCGGUUGAGCAGCUCACUGAAGAGCAGAAAAACGAAUUCCGUGCCGCCUUCGAUAUUUUUGUUCAAGAUGCAGAAGAUGGCUGCAUCAGUACCAAAGAGCUGGGGAAGGUGAUGAGGAUGUUAGGACAGAAUCCCACCCCUGAAGAGCUGCAGGAAAUGAUUGAUGAAGUGGAUGAAGAUGGUAGUGGUACAGUGGACUUCGAUGAGUUCUUGGUUAUGAUGGUACGAUGUAUGAAAGAUGACAGCAAAGGAAAAUCAGAUGAAGAGCUGGCUGAACUCUUCAGGAUGUUCGAUAAAAAUGCUGAUGGGUACAUUGAUCUGGAGGAACUGAAGACAAUGUUGAUGGCCACAGGAGAGACAAUCACAGAAGAUGACAUUGAAGAACUGAUGAGGGAUGGAGACAAAAACAAUGAUGGCCGAAUCGACUAUGAUGAAUUCCUGGAAUUCAUGAAGGGAGUUGAAUAAAUUGCUAAAUGAACUUUUGAUAUCCUCCUUUGGAAUGUCUGGCGUUUGAGUUGCUUUUCUUAUUCUAUUGGCUGCUGCAUGACAUGUGCAAGAAUGGCUCCAACUGGACAGAUGGAAAAUCGCAACACCAAACCAACAUGGCGGCAUGUGGCUCAAUGACUGGUUUUCAGUGAUGCAUCUGUAUAUGUAUAUAACAUAAUUUGUAUAGACCAAGACUAAAGUACCAAAAUGAGUGUUAUUUUUUUGAUUUUGAAAUGCUAAUAAAAGUUGAAAACCACUGGUGA